GAGAAGAAACAUCCACAGCCAGGGCGAACGGAGACAACUCAUCAGCAUUUGCCGCUUUUUCUUCCUUUCCGUGCGUUUAUGUAAUUUUUUUUUAAUACACUAGUGUGAAUGUGUGUUUUAGUGUAAAUUCAACGGGACGCCACCAUGGGGAACUUGACGUUCUUACAUAAACUGUGUAUUUCUGUUUGUUGGGGUCUUCUGCUGAUGUACACGGCUGCAGAGAGACAGUACUUCAUCAGUUCACACAACGCCAGCUGGGCUGACGCCAGGAACCACUGCCAGGUCUGCUUUAAAGAGAUGGUGACUCUCACUCCAGAAAACGCCCACAUCAUCGCCAAAAUAAUCAACUCCACCCACUGGAUUGGCCUUCGCAAGUACAUAAACUACAAUGACACCUACAACGAAACCGAUGACUACGACUCGGACUACGACUACUACAACUCCACCAACACCUCGUCUAAAAGCUUCGGGACGCCCUGGACACGGUGGGCCAACGGUGACCCACUCUCCUUCCAGAACUGGUACCCCGGCUUCCCGUUGUUUAAAUCCCCGCUGCCAAAAAUAGACUGCUGCAGCUGCUCCUGCACCUGCCCGGCACCUCCCAGGACUACGACGACGACUAAGACGACGACCCCCUCAGCCCCCACUGUGACGAGUCCGUCGAGUACCAGGUCGACAACGGGCUUCCCAACAGGUUCCGUUGUCCCCAAAAACUCCAGCGGAGAACCAACAGGACCAAACAUCACAGUGACCGACGUGACCGACUCUACCGACUUAUAUAACGUUGAAACCGAGAAGGGCGUGUCGAUGAACGUCACAGACUGGGCCAACUUCACUCAAGGGGCCAACUUCACAAGAACCGGCAUCACCCAGGCGUGGGAAUCCACCACAGCUAACGCAGUUCACACCACAGAUUCACCGUGGACCACCACGCCGCAGCUGCCGAUUUUCUCAACAUGCGAACGAUCGCCCAUGCUGCCUCCCGUCAUACCAGAGAACAAUAAAAACUACAUCGAGAACUCGUGUGUGGUCGUACUGGCGUUUGGGCCUUGGGUUGAGAGAGAGUGCUUUGAAAAGCUGCCUUUCAUUUGCUAUGAAGACCGCUUCAUGGGGGCCAUCAACAUCUCCAAAAUCACAUCCUCGUCCGCAGCUCUGCAGUGGGAUCAGGGGCCCGGUGACAUCAGCCACUAUCGCUUCGAGGCGUUUUCCCGUGACGGUUCCUGGAACGUCACCGAGGACAUGCAUUAUUCGAGCUACACUCUCGUCUCACUCACCCCAGGAACCGGCUACGAUGUCAAAGUAUUUGCAGUGAAGUGUGACAGGGACCUCAAUCCACUCAGUGGCUCCUUCUACACCAUACCUGGAGAGGUCCAGGACCUACAUGUGACCAAUUUUACAGAAACCACCGUCAGUCUAAGCUGGAAGAAACCCAAAGGGAACUAUGGCUUCUUCGAAGUUAUCGCUGUUCCAGCUUCGGGAACUAAAAAUCACAAGAAGACCGUGAAGGAAGAAAACAUGGUGUUUGAUGGCUUGACACAGGGAACCAAGUACAAUUUCAUUUUCACCACAGGAGUCGACGACAGGUCCAUGUGGAGUGAGAACGUCAGCAUCUCAAAUUGCACCCUGCCCGGCAAAGUGUCCAACCUGAUAGCUCUUGAAAACAAGGACACAGGCCUAACUCUCCAGUGGGAUCCGCCAAAGGGAAAUUACAUGGGCUUUAAAGUGAUGGCCAGCGGUGAAAACGGGAUUCUGGAUGUUAAUGUGACAAACCCAACAAAUCUUUUGGACAAACCAUAUAAAGUGAUCGUGUCCGGCCUCCAAAACGGCACUAAGUAUUACUUUUCUGUGAAAGUCUCGGGCGUUUGUGGCCUGGAGGGAAAAAUUGAAAGCAUCACUGCAUACACCGCUCCGGGCCCGGUCUCGGGUUUGAAGUUGACACCAACACACAACACCAUUGUCGCUAGCUGGGACUUUAUUCCAAAUCCUGGAAGUGAUGUAAAGUAUAGAGCCAAGCUUUUCUUGAAUGGCACAGAGGAGAAACCUCCUCUUCAAGACACAGAGAAUAAAAAUGUGAAAUUUAAAGAUCUUAAAAGUUCCACCCUGUACGAAGUGCAUGCCUACGUAGUUCUUAAUAAUCUGGAAAGCCCAGUACAGAAGGCCUCCACUGUCACCCGUGAGUUUGAUUUUAUUUGA